AUGGUCGUGAACGAGUUUGAGCCAGACGAUAUCUUUGGCGAACUCAAUCAAAAGUUUGCCAAUGUAUCACUUGAGCAAGGCAAUGCGACAGAAGACAUCUACAAGGAAAUCAUGUUUGAUGAUCUGUAUGAAUAUAGAGACACUUUGGAAUACUCAUCAAACUAUGCCAGCUGCCAUUCCGCCAUGAAAAACAUUAGACGCUACCUAACUCAAAACAUUUCAUUGGACCGUAUUCAGAAUGUCGUUGAUCUUGGUAUUCAUGAUAGAAUGAAGAAGAUUUUGGAGACACCUGGCUACGACGAAUUAAAGUAUGAAACAGCGUGGACAAUCACCAAUCUGGCUUAUGGCACAAAGGAACAGACCUCCAAUUUGAUCCAUUCAGGCGUCAUUGAUUCUUUGAUCCACUGCUUUCGAACAACAAGCAAUUACAGAGUCAAAUCACAGUCCGCUUGGGCCUUGGCGAACGUAUCAAUAGAAUCGCCCAGAUACAGAGAAUCAAUGGCUCAGGAAAACCUAAUUGGAGGUGUUGCAGACGCUUUGGCUGAGAAAUGCGAGAUUGUAUAUAAUAAAUUAAAUUCAGCAAUCAAUCAGGAACACAUUACAAAGGACAAUCAAGGACAAAUCGUGUGCAAUAGUAAAUCAGACUCGGACGAUGUCAAGGAUUUGACCUGGUCGUUAGCCAACAUUUGCAGAGGUGGAUUCAAAACAGCUGAACACUGGGAACAGUACUUGAAGGCAUUCAACGCAUUCUCACAGUGCAUCCACUUUGAUAAUCACGAAAUAUGGUCUGAGGCAUGCUGGGGCUUGUCUAGAAUUCUGAGCAACAUGUACAACUAUGAUCAAUUUUUUGAAGCCCUGGAUUUGAACCCUCGAUUAUGUCCAAGACUGAUCUAUCUAUUAAGACAUGAAUCAGCGACACGAGUUUUACCAGUAUUACAAACAAUCAGCAACUUUUCCUCAGGCCCUAACGAGUAUAUCGAAAUCCUGCUCAACGCAGAUCUGUUGAACACAAUCUGGUGGUACAUGUCUGCUGAGAUUCCGUCUCCAUUGCGCCGAAAUGCGAUUUUGACAAUUUCAAAUCUAGCAGCAGGAAACGAAGGCAUCGUCCGAAAAGUGGUUUACAAUGAGAAUAUCAUGCAAAGCGUCAUUUCACAUGUUGUUAUACCAGGCCAUAUAUACCAAGAGGAAGACUGCACUUGGAUCAGCUCACAAGAGGCGCCGAACGAAGAAAGCAGAGAGGAAUGGAGAAUUGUCAAGGAAGCGUUAUGGGUGUUAUCCAACAUUACAACAUUGGCAAACGAUGAUUGUAUCUGCGCUCUUUUACGAAGUUAUUCCAAGCUGAUUAGACUUUUAUCCGCAUUAUUGUAUUACCCUGUAUUACCACUCCCCAUCUGUUUGAAAGUAGUGGAUGUUUUGAUUCGCAUUGUCAAUCGCACCAGCAAGAUUGCCGAAUUGACGCCACCUGUGCAGCCUAUUCCUCGAAACCCUUACGCAGAAGAAAUGAUGCGCGAGGGUGUGAUUCCUGCUCUGACAUUUCUCUGUCGAGAUGUUCAAUCUGCUGAACUCAAUGAACAAGUUGAAAUCCUUCAUACCUCCAUCAUGGAAAGCUCGCCUCAGCCACAACAAAGAAACAAUGCCGGCUUGGCCAGUGCCUUUGGCUUGACAAGACAUGAAAUUCAUUUACCAGGGCCUAAUGUCAGACGCAUUGUACAUGGUUAUGAAGAUGGUGAUGUUCGAUUGAUUGAAGAUGCCAUCAAUAGUAUCACACUUUAA